AUGGAACUUCUGGAUAGAGAAAUUUUUAAAACGUUUAGCAAACAGACUGCGAUAAGAUAUUACAAUUCUAAUCUAUCUAUUACCGAGAUUGACUACGAGCAGCUAUGGAGCAGCAUGAAAAAGGUAGCAAGAGUUUUGGAGGAGCAGAACAUCGAAGGGAAAAUUGUCGGUGUUCAAUUGUAUCACUGUCCCGCAUUGAUUGCCGUUAUAGGAGGUAUUAUCAUAUCCGGUAACUGUUUCUAUUGCAUAGAUCCACGAGUGGUUGAUCAACUUUUGCCCAAGUAUGACCUGUGUGCUGCAUUCUUUCUGGAAGAUUUCGGGUCCAGCUGGAUGUGCGAUGGUCUGCAGAUGUUCUCAGGAAUGCGCGUUCUCACGCAGCAACUGAUGCUGUUACUUAGUUUAUCGCGCGUUGAAAGUUAUCCUGCUUUGGCCUUUUGUGUAAUAACAUCCGGUUCGACUGGCCGGCCUAAAACGGUUCUCGUUCCAAAGGCGUGCAUAAUGCCUAAUGUACUAUCGCUUAGCGAACGGUUCGAGUUGUGUGAGCGUGAUGUCAUCUUUGUAUGUUCACCUCCAACCUUCGAUCCAUUUGUCGUCGAUAUUCUCAUGGGAUUGCGUGCCGGUGCCACAUUUUUAGUGGUGGAUAACUCAAUACGUUUAUCAGCAACACGACUACUGCCCUUGCUCUUUCCGGGAGUAACAGUAAUGCAAAUGACACCAUCCAUAUUUACACGUUGGAAAGCGAAUGAAAUGGAGCACAUAAUUUUUGGUUCUCAAACAACACUCAGAAUUCUUGUUUUGGGUGGAGAACGGUUUCCAAUACUGAAAAGACCAGCAGAAUGUCGGGUGGCUGUAUACAACAUUUACGGUAUAACAGAGCUUUCAUGUUGGAGCAUGAUUCAAAAAGUGUCUCCUGAAAAUGACUCUUAUGUUGCACUUGGUGAACCUUUAGAUCAUUCGAUAAUGCUACAGUUGAGAAGCUUGGAAGACGAAAGUUUACAAGCGGAAGCAAAUAUAAAUGGUUCCACCAUAGGUCAUCUUUACAUCGGAAGCUGUUCUAGGAAAUGCCUUAUACUUGGGAAGAAUAACGAAAAUGACGAUAUAUUAUGCGUCGAUCGACCAAUUUAUCGUCCGACCGGUGACAUAGUGGAACUAACCAAUGAAGGUAAUUAUUAUUAUCGUGAUCGGUGUAAAAGAACGAUAAAGCGAUACGGGUGCCGGGUGAGCUUGGCAGAACUGGAAGCCGUGGUACGAAGCCAUUCAGCAGUACAGCAGUGCGCAUCGUGUUUUAUUAGUAAAUAUCAACGGUUGCUGUUGUUCUACACAUCGGACAACGGUGAUCGUUCAAUACAGGAUACAAUUUGGAGCGAAAUGCGUAUGAAACUGAGGCCGGAAAAACUGCCAGAUGAGUUAUAUUGGAUUGAACAGAUUCCUCUCUCGUCUCAUGGCAAAGUUUGUACAAAAGAAUUGAAACGUAUUUACGAAAAUUUAAAAUUAAACCUUGCUGACGAUCGAAUCUCAGCAGUGGAUUAUUUCCGCACAGAACUUAGCGCUAUGGGUAUCGCACAUGAACGACAUUAUGCAAAAGAGAGUGAAACUAAGAAAUUAAAACCCAACUCAUCUUUCAUCGAUCGUGGUGGAUCAUCUUUUGCCGCCCUUCGCUUGCACAACACUUUGGAAGAAAAGUUUAAAGUACAAUUGCCACAACUUAUCACACUGCUUAUAGAUCCGUCUAUUCCGUUGGAGAUGGCAUUUAAAUAUGUCGAAUCAAAUGUUCCUGCCACCAACAGCGAUUUGCCGGAUGCGCUUCAAAAGUCCAAUAUUCCCAACGACACCAAGUUAACGAUCGUUAGACAAUACAAUUUAGAAAAGUGUAUAGAUUCCCGUCCGUCGAUAACAUUUUGUGCAAAUGUUGGGCAUAUUUUAACCAUAGGCAGUCAUUCCGGAAUGUUACUAACGAUUAACACCGAUACGGAUGCAGUCGUUUCUUGUAUUAUGCUACCGGAUCGAGUAGAAUGCAGUGUCAGCUUUUUCACAACAGAAAAAAACGUCGUGUAUGGUAUUGUGGGAUGUUACGAUGGAUUUUUAUACUGCUUCAAUCCGCAAGACGGCAGCAUAGUAUGGAAGUAUGAUGCUGGAGCAAUGAUCAAAUGUACUCCUCUUGUGUUGCCACAUAUGAAUCUAAUUAUCUUCGGAAGCUACAGCAACGAUUACAAUUUACAUUGCAUUGUAGGGGGAGAUUCUAGCCCGAUAUUGCGAUGGAAGGUGCAAGUAGGAAACAAACCAAUUUUCUCCCAACCAUUGUCGUUGGGUAUUAAUGAUGAAGCAGGAUUAAUUUUUGCUGCCACUUUGGAUGGUACGAUGGCAGCUUUAAGCGUAGCUACAGGACAUUUGGCAUGGAAGCAAACAUCAUCGGGAAACGUACCAAUAUUCAGUACCCCUGCUUUUUUGCCGGAGUACAAAAGGAUUGCUUGCUGUUCAGUGGAUGGCUCCUUUGGAAUAUACGAUGCCGUUAAAGGAAUAAAGACUUCAAAUCACAAGUUUCCUGGAAACAUUUUUUCGUCCUUCGAGAUAUUACAACAGUCCCAUGAGCGGAUACAUUUCAUUGUUGGUUGUUACGAUCACAAAGUACACUGCAUUGAAUAUAUUCCCUUGAACGGGGAAACUUUGCUGCCUAAAUGGGAAAUAGAAGUUCAGUCACAAAUCUAUGCAACUCCUUGUUCGGUUGGACAUUAUUUGGUGGUGUGCAGCACGUCGGGAUGGAUUAACUUGAUUGAUUUAAAUAACCAUCGUGUUGGAAACCCAAAGCGCAACAUUACGGCCACUAUGAAAAUGAAGGGUGAGUUAUUUUCAACACCCCUUUCAUGUAGCACCGCGGUGUUUGUAGGAUGUAGAGAUAAUUUUUUGUAUAAAAUACGUGUGAACGUGUAA